AUGGCGUCGCUGGCUGCUUCUGGCCUGGUGUUUCCCGGGGCGCGCGCGCCGGUGAUCCGCACGGUGUCGUGUAGUCCUCUGCGCCCGGCUGCCCCAUCGCCCGCCCGUCUCCCCGCCGCCGCCGCCGCCGCCGCAACCGCCCCAGCGCGCGCCCCUCUCCGAUCCGCCACCCGGCCGGCGGCGGGCGUGCGGCUGCGGUGCGCACCGUCGUCAGGCAACACCACCUCCGGCCCCGACGGCGGCGUGGCCGAUGAGGACGACUUCCCGGACCCGCCCUGGUGGGGGCCGAGCUUCGAGGAGCUCAAAGAGUUCGAGGAAACGGACUUCAGCCCGGAGGCGAUCAAGAAGCGGUACGUGCGCGAGUCCAAGGAGGCCGCGGCCGCCGUGAAGGGCGCCGCCGCCGGCCUGCUCGCCCGCCCGCUCCGGGACCUCUUCGACGACGUGCGCAAGCUCAAGACCGUCUACGACGUCGAGGAGUUCCACAUCUGCUUGCCCAUCGGUGCCCUCAUGUCGUGCGUGGCUGCCUACCAUCUCUGUAAGGCUGCGCCGUCGGCGUUCGUCGAUUUCGUGCUGCACUACGCUUUCUACAGGCUCUGCGUCAUGGCGGCGGAUGUCAGGAGGAGGGGUUUUGAGACCGACUUUAUCAUCCGGCUUAAACUAUUUAUUACCGUGGCUACGCUUGCUAAGGGCUUCAUCGAUCGGGUUACCUUCCUUAAUUUUAUAGCCAGGUAUGCACUUUUCGCAAUCUAUUAUAUCUCCGUCAGCGUUGAGGUAAACGGUCUGAAGAAAUACAGAAGAUUUAUACUCCCAUGCAUCUUCUACUCGCCGCCCCCCGAAAUGAAGGAGGCUUGGGACUCUGUCUGAGAUUGAUUUUGCAUGGACGAAGAGGAUUAACGGUGGACGAGAGUUUUUCCUUUCUCAAGUGUGUGCGCUUGUGCCCUUACUUCUAUAAGAAAGAUUUUUUUAGCAGUCUAUUAUGGUAGCCGAACGCCCUAGCUCUCUGCAAAUGUGCUCGUCCUCGGCCUUCUUGAGUCCCCGUCAAACGGCAGCAUGAUAGUUUCAUCCCUGUAACACUAAUCUGGUACAGUUACCUAGUUCUCAGUCUAGAUAGUUGUGCAAUGAAACUGUGCACUGAGACUAGCCUAAAUAAGC